CUGUACUGUCUAAAGUUUGAAUCCCUCUUUCUAUCUUCCUUCUCUUUCAUCUUUAGUAAGAAAUUGAAUUUGCAGCACAGUCUUUUUUUUUUUUUUUGUGUGUGUUUGUUUGAAGUUUUGACUGCUUGAUAUUAAAAAGUACAUGUCAAGUUAAAAUGGGUCUAUUUUAAAGCUCAAUCCUGAAAUAUUUUAGAAAGACAAACCCUUAGAAAGAAAGAGAGAGAGAGAGAGAGAGAUUUUUUUUUUAUAUUAUAUGUUGGGAAUGGUGAAGCAGGGAAGAAGAAGAAGAAAACAAAAGAAAAGUUUGGGUUUUUGUAACCGAGUAUUUGAGAUUAUUAGAGAGAAAUGAAGUUAUAAAUUUAUAAUCCUAUGUGAUUUCUUUUCUUUUUAUUCUUCUCUCUUCAUCCAUUUACAACCAGACAACCUCAAUACUUACAAAUCUCACAUCAUUACAGUAAAACAAACGACUUCCCCGAAAAACAUUCCAACCAAAUGGCUUCUUCUUCUUCUUCUUCUUCUUGUUCUUGUUCUUGUUUUGUUGUUUUCCUUCUGGUUUUUCUUACUUCUUUCUCCUCUGUUUUCUCAUCUUCCAUUUCCCAUCAAAUCCCACCAAAAAACCAAACUUUUUUCCAUCCAGCCAAAGAGCUGAAGAAACUCAAGCACAUCAGAAAUUAUUUACGCAAAAUCAACAAGCCUCCAAUCAAGACAAUUCGGAGUUCAGAUGGUGAUGUUAUAGACUGUGUUCUUUCUCAUCUUCAACCUGCUUUUGACCAUCCUGAGCUCAAAGGCCACACUCCAUUGGAACCACCUGAGAGGCCAAGAGGGAAUAACUCCAAAGAAGAAGUAGCAGAAAAUUUCCAAUUAUGGUCAGCUUCAGGCGAUUUCUGCCCUGAAGGAACAAUUCCAAUAAGAAGAACAACAGAGAGAGACAUUUUCAGAGCAAGUUCUUUUCGAAGAUUUGGAAGAAAACCCAUUAGACGUGUGAGAAGAGACUCUUCCGGCAAUGGCCAUGAGCAUGCUGUGGUAUUUGUGAAUGGAGAACAAUAUUAUGGAGCAAAGGCGAGUUUAAACAUAUGGGCACCACGUGUAACAGAUCAAUAUGAAUUUAGCUUAUCACAAAUAUGGGUAAUUUCAGGCUCAUUUGGGAAUGAUUUGAACACCAUUGAAGCUGGAUGGCAGGUUAGUCCUGAACUGUAUGGAGACAACAAUCCUAGGUUCUUUACGUAUUGGACAACUGAUGCUUAUCAAGCGACUGGGUGUUACAAUUUACUAUGUUCUGGAUUCGUUCAGACCAAUAAUAGAAUCGCCAUUGGAGCAGCAAUUUCCCCCAUCUCUUCUUAUAGUGGGAAGCAAUUCGAUAUUGGUUUAAUGGUUUGGAAGGACCCGAAGCAUGGACAUUGGUGGUUGGAAUAUGGGUCGGGUUUGCUAGUUGGAUAUUGGCCAGCGUUUUUGUUCAGCCAUUUGAGAAGCCAUGCUAGCAUGGUACAAUUUGGAGGAGAAAUAGUGAACAGCAGAUCCUCAGGGUUUCAUACAGGCACUCAAAUGGGGAGCGGUCAUUUUGCUGAAGAAGGGUUUGGGAAAGCUUCUUAUUUCAGGAAUUUGCAAGUGGUUGAUUGGGAUAACAAUUUGCUUCCUCUUACAAAUCUUCAUCUCUUGGCUGACCAUUCUGAUUGUUAUGAUAUUAGACAAGCCAACAAUAAUGUUUGGGGCACUUAUUUUUACUAUGGAGGACCUGGUAGAAAUGUCAAAUGCCCUUAGAAUUAUUUCUUUCUUUUAUUAUCAUUAUUAUUAUUAUUAUUAUUAUUAUUAAUGUUUUGAAAAUGUUUUAGGGAUAUAAUGUAAUUUAAUGAUUUUUUUUUUUUGAACUUUAUUUUUUUGUCCUAGGCCAGCUUGAGGUAUGGUUUGGUUUUGCUUUUUGGCCUUUGGCCUUUGGCUUUUUCUUUUUCUUUCUUUCUUUUUUUUUUUUAGAUUUUAUAAUAUUAGUUUAUAUAGAGGAUGAAAUUUUUGUAAUUAUGGAAGAAUACAAAGAAUUAGAAAGGUUGUGCUCA